AGGAGGACAGUUCCAGUUUCCUCCUAAUACUGUCCUAGUGAGUGCUGUGUAUGCAGUAUCACUCUCAAAGCCUCUCCUUAAACAACUCAAGUUAGAGAUACAGCAUUGCAUUGAUUUAACAGGACAACCAGAUCUUGCACAAUAUUUAAAGUUUGCUAUAGCUCCCGUGAGCACACCCAGUCUUCCUUACCACUUCGCAAUAGUUGAGGGAGGAGAGUUUAACUCUGAUGGUGGAUAUGGAUUCAUUGAGCGUAAAGAUUUCUGUUUGGUGUGCAUACUGGGAUUGCUAAUAGUAUCUAUGACUGGAGGAGGAGGAGGAGGAGGAGGAGGAGGUCAGCAGCAACAAGGAACAGGAUCUCAAGGAGCAGGUAUAGUACCAGUUCAGGGAGGAAAUGCACUAGUCCCUCAACAACAACCAGUAGUUAACCCAAAAACCCAAGGAGAGCAGUCACAAGAAGGGGAACAAUCACAGACACAAGAAGGACAGCAGCAACAAGGAGGAGAUGCACUGACAGUACUAGCCCAGCAACAGCAACCAGGAGCUAAUGAACAAACCAAUGGACAACAAGGAGAGGAGGAACAAGAGGAACAGGAACAAGGGCAGCAGAAUCAAAGAGCUCAGUUGCAGAAAGGAGAGCAAUCACAGUCACAAGAUGAACAGCAACAGGAAGGAGACCUUCAAAGGAAAAGAGGAGACCAACAAGAAGGAGAGAGAGAGUCACAGGACCAACCAGAACCAUUGGAACUUCAACAGCCAAAGGGAGGACAAGAAGAUCCUGUGCAUGUCGAAACAAUGAAGGGAAAGGAAGAUAAGGAGCAAAUUGAUGAGAAUAGCAAACUGGUUAGUACAGAAUCAAUUGCUAGUCUCUUGGCAUCACCUGUUGCUGCAUUUGAGAGUAAUAAUGAAACUGAAGUAUUGGAUAAACCAGGGUCUGAUUCUAAAGAUAGAAUACACUCCACUGGUGUGAAAGAGGCUACAAAUUAUGCUGGACUGGUUUAUUAUGAGAAAGAUCAUGAUGCAGGAGAUUUAGUGACAUUCACUUCAGCUAAGAAAUUAAAUGCACUUCUUGAGUUUAUUAAGAACGAAUAUCCACAAGCUAAACGAGGACCUUAUGCUUACUUCCGUAUUGCAUCUCCUGAUGGUUAUGUUGAAUUGAAUUUAAAUGCUCCACAAGAUGAGCCAUUUACUGGAUGGAGUAUUAAACCUCACAUUAAGCCUUGCAGGUUGUAUCAAGAUGAUAUUAAUAAUUUUGGAGAUAAAGAUUAUCCUCUUCCUCCAUCUUGUCCAAUAUCAGUGUAUGGAUCACCUGAUGCUGUUCCUACACUAAAUUACUCCGUACCACUGGAAGGUGUAGUUCGUCCACUUAUAUUCUAUAUUCGUAGAUCACUGAGAACAACAAAUCCUACUGCCUCCUCCUCCAAUACAAUAAUUACUGAAGCUACUGCAUCAUCCACUGGAUCCACUGGGGGAGCUAGUGUACCAGCUACUGUUGAUGUUGAUAAAGUUAAGAAAAUCAUUAAUGAUGUUCUUGUAUCUCACUAUGCUCGCCUUAAUGAUCUUAAAAUGUCUCUCUCAGAUCUUGGUAGUCAAUUGUUUGCCUCUGAGCUUAUUAGUGAUGAAGUCAGAGAGACUCGUAGCAUGGAAAAGUUCAUUGGAGAGUUCAAGGCUAGUUUUAACUUUAUGGAUGAAACAUCAGAAGUUCAAGAUCACUGUACAAAGUUUUUGAAAUCAUUUAUUGCUGUUAGAGGUGGUUAUGCUAAUGCUGCAAAGUUUUUACGUAAGAAGUGGAUUGAAGCUAUUAAAACUGAACUAGGCAUUGAUUUUAUUCUUGAUAUUUAGUGUUAGGAAACUCUGCUGCCUGCAAGUAACAAUACAUGUACGUAUGCUGUGUGUGUGUGAUGCUGACAUUUUAUAACAAAAUUUUUAAAAUAGUAAUUACAACCAUGAAGGUUAUCAUUUCUAAGUAA